AUGGAGACUUCAAAAACAACGACUGUAGAGCAGACUGGGACGUCAGUCGGCUUUCUGCAUCUACAUCCCGCGCAAAGCCAAGUCACUCUAGCAAAGACGAAAACUGCUGGGUGUGGAGUGAGACUUGGAAUGCUGGCUAUAAGUGAUAUAUCUGUCAUCGCACCAACAUGCAAAGAUAAGAAGACGCAGGAAUUCUGGAAGGCCACUUUUCUUCGAGCUGCUAAACUCCAGAGAGAACAGCGUACGGCAUGGAAUACUUUCAGGCAAGGCCUGAAGCUAGACGAUGGAGACGAAGACCAAGGAUGUCGCUAUGCACAAGGAACCUUCACAGAAUUCAGAGCCGCGUAUCAAACAUUCACAUCUAGAAAGGACUCCAUGGGCUUUGUAGAGACACUGCCUCUUCGCAAACCCGAACUUCAAGAUAACAGGCAAUGGGAUGUGAUCUUCAAAGAUCGAAGGUUGCACCGAACUUAUGCUCAGCAAUUUUCAUGGGCAUACGCAAUACAACUUUACCGCAACAUUUGGUUGUCUAUUCCCAGUGAUGCAGACGAGAAUCUGGACAAUGUCAUGCUUGACGAACUGGAGAAAAUAAACAAGUCCUUCGAAGGGAUUCUGAAAAGGCUUCCGGAAACGUACAGAGAAACCCAUAAAGAGCUUGGAUAUAUCAGAAUCCCUACUCUCCUGAACCAAAGGGACUAUCCAACUUUUGAUGACGAAUUCAAAAAGAAGGAUGAAGACAACGAGGCUGAUUGGGAUGAGGAGGACUUGGAAGAAGAUUUCUUCGAGAAAUUCGCAACUGAACAAGUUGUCCAUGAUCCUGAAGCUGUCCAAGAGAUACUCGAAGAGCUUGGAGGUUCUGAAGGCACUGAAGGGAUUCUCGAAACACUCCUCAGAGAGAGUGCCAAAGGCAAAACCACUUCAGGCUACAAAAAGAGCUUGGAGAAAUUCAACGAGGUCUUGGUUAGGGCCGACGCUGCAGCCGGAGAUUUGAAGUCUGGUCUGCAGCUUGAAGAAUUGGAAAACUUCAUGGCACAACAUGGCGAUGUCUUCCAGUUAAUUGAAGAUAUGAAACAAAACCCUCAAGACCCUAAACUCCAAUCGAGGUAUCAAAACGCCAGGGAAACCGCUGAGCUUUUCGUCGCGCAGAGAGAGCUACCACAGAAGCUUGUGGACUCUAUCGUGCCUCCUUUGAAAUGGCUCCAGGCGACAACUUCUGGACCAAUGCUCAGCCAGCUUUUGGAGACGAUCGGAGGACAAAAAGGAGCUUUGCACAACUAUCUUUGGUCUCUCGCCGGCGGAAAUCCCAAUGAAAAGUCUAAAAACAUCAUUGAGAAUGCUAAUAGACAUCUCGCUAAAGACGGCAACAACAUGGCGCCUUAUAGCCCCAUUGAAGGAGAGCUUCUCGAACGGCUGGUUGCAGAUGUGAAAGCUUUCAUGGAUCUCGAAAGUACUUGUCGCAUGAAUGUCAAUGACAACUUCGCCCAAGACAAGAUUAUAAGGUUACAAGCUGAUCUCUUGAAGACUUGGAUGGACUAUCCUGGAGAGAGAGAGAACAAGGAUGUGGAGAUGGAUAUGGAUAUGGACGGCGGGUCCCAGGAGCUCACACGAUUCAAGCCUACUUCUUCCGCCCUCACUACUAGGAAGCGCAAUGUUGUUCCGAAACCUGCUCAUAUACAAGAGGUUGAUGAGGAUUUCGACCCAUACGAAGGAGAGGUCAUCGAGGAAAUUGAAGACGAAGAUACUGAGCCGAUUCUACCUUAUGGAAGGAGACUCCUCCAGGAUUCGUCAAAGGACGACGGCCAGACUCCGCAAAUAACGGUUCAAAAGAAAACAAACAAUAGCCCCAAAGCCCCUAUUCGACAAAAGAGACUGGCACCUACACCUGCAACUUCUAGGAAGCCGACUCAACAGCAGCCGCCCGAAUUAAUGUCCAUAGAUGAUAACGAGGAAGACGAUACUAUUGAGGUAGUCCCGGCACCUCCUGCUGAAUUCGACCUCUCCCUCUUCGUAGAAACAUCAGCAAGACCAGGAGUUGUGUUAGGCCAAGUCGAUGGUAUCGAUGCUGAAAAGACGAUUCUAAGCUAUCGGCACGUGGGGCACCGCUCGUCCGACUGCGAAGACUAUCUAAGAAGCAUGGUAUCUCAUGAAGGUGGGAAGCGCCGCAGAGGAUGGGGUCUAGGCCAUCAACUACUACUCAAAUAUCACCACCCUGGCCGUAAACACCCAUCUUUCGAAUUUGUUGCCGCGAGCACCUACAAAAGCGCUCUAACGGACUUUAUUCGUACGGGAGGGACGGAGUUCAAAGCUUCGACUUGGGAAGACUUGAACGGUGCAACUUGGCGCGAUUGCACGAUUGGAGGCGUUCUCCCUGUUAAACGAGACGAAAAUGAUGGUUAUUCAAAUGCUGCAGUCACUUAUAUGCUGAUUAGGGUCAAUAAGUUGACUCCAAAAUGGUUCACGAUGUCGACAUUGAAAAAAGAAUUUGGGGAUCAAGUCAUUUACGAAAAGGAAAGGCACAUGAGGAAGACGGGACAAUUAUGUUCGAAAGAACCAAUACCGAGGCCUCUCAGGCAAGAGUUGAUGAGAAUGGAGCAGCACAAAAGAGCUAUGAUGGGACAGCAGAUGCCUUUGAAGGGUACUUCUGAGAUGGGUAAACUUCGCAAGAAUGUAGUUCGAAGUGCAGAUGCAAUGCAGCGUCUACAGCAGGAAGGAUACUUGCCAAAUUCCGCUGCGGCAGGUCCGUGGGGGAUGCCUGGGUUUAUGGCCAUGGGAGCACCUAUGGGAAUGGGGGGACCACCUUGGGCGACUGCAACUUGGGGCAAUGGCAAGCCUCGCAAGGGCAAGAAUUCCGGUGGCCAUCCUGGAGGAUGGGGUACUCAAGGCCCGUGGGGAAUGCAAACCCCGGGUAACUGGGGUAUGGGACCAUCUCCCCCUUGGGGAAUGCAAUCUGAAGCUGCUUGGGGUGGGCCGGGUCCGAAUAGUCCAUGGAAUAUGCCACCAUCUAGGCAACGGGGUAAUAUGAAGGGGUCCAGGCAGAAGACUGCCCCCAAUCCCCAAAAUUGGAACGCUAUUUAUUCAAGUCUCUAUCCUCCAAAGCCAUCGACUCGUGAUAAGAAGAAACCAAACGGGUACUCUGGUCCUUGGGAAGCUUCACAGGAGAAUGCUGAAGGGCCCAGUGAAGACCUUGGUGAUGGCGAUAGUGUACUUGAAGAGGGAGAAGAGGAAGAGGGUGAGGAAGAAGAGUGUUCAUCGGAAUUUGAAGACUUCAUCGACGACACAGAGUACCCUCCUCCAACAUGUUUCGACCCCAAGCUUUGCAAUCAAUCCCAGAAUGCUUAUAUUAGAGGUCAGCAACCUCAAGCAUACUCUCCAUGGCAAUACAAUGGGUCAUACUGAGCUCCUCCGAAGGCUACUAGAAUAUUUGGCGGGAUGUUGAUGUUUUUUUAUUUGGUUUGCUCUUUCCUGAUUUGGCGGGAUGUUAAUUUUUUAUAUUUGCUUCGCUCUUUACUGGUUUGGG